UUCAGAACGUCGAGAUGGAGCCCAACUCACUCCAGUGGGUCGGCUCACCGUGUGGCUUGCACGGACCUUACAUUUUCUACAAGGCUUUUCAAUUCCACCUUGAAGGCAAACCAAGAAUUUUGUCCCUUGGCGACUUUUUCUUUGUAAGAUGUACGCCAAAGGAUCCGAUUUGCAUAGCGGAGCUCCAGCUGUUGUGGGAAGAGAGGACCAGCCGGCAACUUUUAUCCAGCUCUAAACUUUAUUUCCUCCCAGAAGACACUCCCCAGGGCAGAAAUAGCGACCAUGGCGAGGAUGAAGUCAUUGCUGUUUCCGAAAAGGUGAUUGUGAAGCUUGAAGACCUGGUCAAGUGGGUACAUUCUGAUUUCUCCAAGUGGAGAUGUGGCCUUCGAGCUGGGUCAGUGAAAAUGGAGUCCCUGGGAAGGAAUGGACAGAAGGAAGCUCUGCUGAAGUACCGGCAGUCAACCUUGAACAGUGGACUCAACUUCAAAGACGUUCUCAAGGAAAAGGCUGACCUUGGGGAGGACGAGGAAGAAACGAACGUGAUAGUUCUCAGCUACCCUCAGUACUGCCGCUACCGCUCGAUGCUGAAACGCAUCCAGGAUAAGCCGUCUUCCAUUCUCACGGACCAGUUUGCGUUGGCCCUGGGGGGCAUCGCAGUGGUCAGCAAGAACCCUCAGAUCCUGUACUGUCGGGACACCUUUGACCACCCAACUCUCAUAGAAAAUGAGAGCAUAUGCGAUGAGUUUGGAUGCCUAAUUUUGCAGAUUAUUCAGGUUCAGAUUAUUCUGCUCAGACGUUACAGGCCUCACUGUGGUUUGGGGGUCCACGGUGGCCUCUCCAGUCUGAUUGUUCACGACUCCAGCAGCCCUGGAGCUGCUGCGGGGGUAUUUCGCCAUCUUGGAGGACGAAAGAACGUGGGGCUUGGGCGGAAGAAGGCUGUGCGUUCUGAUGCUUCUCGGGUUCUUAUCCGCACGUUCCCUGAGCACCAACUCUGUUGA